AUGGUCAUGUGGUUUUCUAAGAAUAAUGUGAGACAGUAUAACUCUUGAGUGUGUAUCUUCUCUUAUCAUUCUACUCUCCGUCAUGGCUGGUAAAAUCGCAAAGAGCCAUCAUCAGGCGGAUGACCCAGUUAUGAAGUAUGUGAUCAACAAUUCCCUGCGAGAGCCAGAGGUUCUACGCAAGCUAAGAGAGGCUACUUUCAAAAACACUCAGAGAAGCUUCAUGCUUGUUGCUCCUGAAGAAGCACAGCUCUUUAGAGUCAUAUUGCCACUGCUUAACCCCCAAAAGUGCAUUGAGAUAGGGGUUUUUACUGGCUAUAACACUAUUAAUAUGGCAAUGUGUCUACCUUCUGGAGGAAAGGUCGUGGCAUGUGAUGUAACUGAUGAAAGUCUGAAGGCUGUUGACUUUACUAGUUUAGUUAAAGAGGCAGGAGUUGAGGAUAAAGUUGAUUUGCGCAUCCAGCCAGCAAUAAAGACAUUGGAUGAGCUUAUUGUAAAUGGUGAGAGUGGUACAUAUGAUUUUGUGUUUAUUGAUGCUGAUAAACCAAGUCAAAUGAUAUACUAUGAGAAGUCUCUGGUGCUCCUUAGACAAGGAGGAAUGGUCGCAAUUGACAAUGUGAUUUACCAUGGAAAGGUUACAAAGGACCCAUUGGAGAUGGAUGAGGGCACCAAAUGUAUCCAUGAGCUGAACAUGAAGAUCCAUAAAGAUGAACGAGUUACCAUGGCCAUGCUCCCUUUUGCUGAUGGUGUUACUCUGGCAACCAAAAACUAAUCACAACUGUACUUUGUGCUUAAAUGUUUUCUAACCAUUGUGUACAGCAUUUCAUAUAUAGUCAGCUUUAAUUUCCAUGCGUAGAUUAUUUCACAGGAUGAAAAAAAUAAUUUAGACAUAGAUUAUUUUUCUUUUGUAUUUGUAUGUUGGUCAAUUUUCCAUAAAUAAAUAUUUUAUUUUUUCCCUGCUA